UAAUGUGUCUUUGAUGCAGUUCCGUCGGCUCUGCACUCUUAUAAAUUAUAACUACAAUUUCCAAGGGCCAGGUUCUUCCUUACUCUCCCUUCUAAAUCUCAGUGUCCAGAGCUGGUCUCCGGUUUCCUUUUCUUGCUCGAUUUCUCCUUAAAAAUUGCACUCUUGAGUCUUAAUGUUGGCGACUAUCACCCUUUCGUCUUUCAUUCUCUUUUCAACGAUCUUGUCACUCAUUGCCAAUGCGAGUGCCAUACCAGUCGAUAACACCCGAAUCUAUGGACGUAAUCUUACCACCCUUGACUCAAACGAUACACAAGCUGGUAUCCUUCGUCGCGAUGCCAGUCAUACCACAACUGCAUUAACUGCUUACGUUCAACACCUUCAACUGGUUGUCAAACCAAAACUAACACUCGACAAGGACACCGUUAUACUGGGCUACAUGACAUAUGUCAAGCAAAGAAAUGCAGAUGAAUAUAACAAGAAGAGAACCCUUACGACCAUUCCGGUCGUGAGCCCCACUGUUUAUCCGCUUGGGCAAGGCGCAUAUUUAGAACCUAUAAUGUUGAUGUCCCCUACAAAUGACUUUGAUAAGUGUGUGGUGCUUGUUCGCAAAGAGCCAUUGAGGAAGGUAUCCAAAUUGUUUGUUUUAAAGCAGCAUGCCCGUGCAUCCUACAUCCCACUCCUUCUCAAUAUCUACCAAAUGAAGGCCCCUAUCCUUUUCUAUCAGACGCCUGGAUACAUGAAGGCAGUGAUUCCUUUUGAAUACCUCGAGAAGUCUCCGCAGGACAAGGAAGGGACCAUAUUUUCGGACGAGAAUCCACUUGGGAUCGUUACUGUUUGUGGUCCGGCAGCAUGGGAGGUAAAAGCGCCGCAGAUGAGCUGGCACAAUAUGGGCGUAACUGAAUGGCCGCUAGGUCUUGAAACAGUUUUCUUAUGAUUGGACUGGGUAGAAUAGGAUAAUACAAAUCAGUCAAGAUAAUAGAUUAUAGUGUUGUGCUAGUCACGAAGCACAGAUCGGAUCAGAAACAAUGGUCAGAAUGCCUCGUCUACCUGCCGUUUCAUUCGAGCGAACAAGGUGAUGAUAUCGCGGACCGUCGUUGAAAAACGACUGUUUGAGCUGAAUGGUUCCGCCGUAGCUCAAUGAG